ACCAUCAAAAGUAUUAACUCUAAACUAAAGGAAGGAUAACCAUCACAAUCACCUGAGUAAUCUAGUAAUGGAGAUGGAGUUCUUCCUACUGGUUCUAUGUUCCCUGCUCUCAAUUGCUUCAUCGGAGACGGACACUCUGAAACAAGGCGACGUUCUGAACGCCUCUAAAUCCAGUUUCCUUGUUUCUGCAAACAGGACUUUCACGUUAGGAUUCUUCACGCCGGAGGGAACCAACCGGACGUAUUUGGCUAUACGGUUCACGGUAAGCACCUGGAGUAAACCGGUAUGGAUAGGCAACAGAGAUACACCUUUCCCCACAAAUUCUUCUGCCAAGCUUCUCAUAGAUGGUUCUGGGAGAUUGAUACUCGCAUAUGAUGAAGGACAAGGCACCCUAACCACCCCUUACCGGAUUUCUUCAAAGAAAACUAGCCGGAAUGUGGCUGCAACUUUGCAGGAUUCCGGCAACUUCGUGCUCCGGGAGAGGAACGCCGACGGUUCAUUCGGGGAGGAACUGUGGAGUAGUUUCGACGAUCCCACGGAUACCCUUUUGCCGGGGAUGAAGUUAGGAGUGGACCAUAGAAGGGGUCGGAAUUGGACUCUCACUUCAUGGCGUCGCGACGAUUCGCCGGCGCCCGGGGCGUUUAGUUUGGAGUGGGACCCCACAAAACGCCGACUGGUUAUCAAGAACCGAGGAGUGGUUCACUGGACGAGCGGAGAGUUAAUAAACGCUACUGAUUUCCGGCACAGCCCCACCCACAAAUCCGCGUACGACGGCGUUCACUUCUUCAAAUUCGUUAACGUUUCGGCCCGAGAAGAAGAGUAUUUCAGCUACGCAGUCACGCUCGACCCCUCCGAUCUCCCGUUCUUCUCACCCGAAGAACAAAUCAAACUUCGUCUCGCCGGGUGGAGAUUGGACCCCGAAGGCCUUCUCUUCGUGACUUACAACGGCACCGUGAUUGUCGACGCCGGCGAGUGCUAUGGCUACGAGAAUGAAACUCAGCAAUCGAAGGGCUGUCAAUUAUGGCAGCAACCCAUCUGCAGGGGCGCCGGCGGCCAGACUUUCAAGGAAAGAUCUGGGAGUUUCGUGAAUUACACCGGCGAAGAACCUAAAACAUUCACGACCCAUAAUUCUAGCGCGAGCCUCAGUGACUGCAGGGAGAGUUGUUGGAAGGAUUGUGAGUGCGUUGGCUAUGGAAGCUAUGGUGAUGAUGAGUGUACGUACUGGAGAGGGAGAGCUUUGCAAUUUCAACAGGACAACACCGGUAGAACGGUAACUAAGUAUGUGUUAGAACGUCCAGCCCAAGAGGGAAAUGACAGUAACAGUCGCAGUAACUCAAAGAGAUGGGUGAGGAUUCUUGUACCUACAAUACUAGCUACUAUCUUGACAGUCCUGCUUGGCUUGUUCCUAUUGCGCCGGAGAAGGAGAAAACAAGAAGAAGCCAGGAAAGAGCAAGAACUGAAGGAUUUAUUUACGUUAGAGGAAUAUACUGAUGUUCACGAACUGGACAAAGGUGAGAGUGGCAAUCUCAAAGUUUUUAGCUAUGAUUGGGCGGUUGCCACUACGAAUAACUUCUCACCACAAUACAAAUUGGGGCAAGGUGGUUUUGGAGGUGUUUAUAAGGGAGUAACACCAGAAGGACAAGAAGUUGCCAUAAAACAAUUGUCAGAAAGUUCAAGACAAGGAGUCACAGAGUUAAAAAAUGAGGUGGUGUUGAUAGCAAAACUUCAGCACACAAAUCUUGUAAGGCUGCUUGGUUUUUGCAUUCAUGGAGACACAAAAAUGCUAAUUUACGAAUUCAUGCCCAAUAAAAGUUUAGACUUUUUCCUCUUUGAUCCAACUCAAAAAGAACAAUUAACUUGGAAGAGACGUCUCAACAUUAUUGAAGGGAUUGCACAAGGAUUGCUUUAUCUUCACAAGUAUUCAAGAGUCAGAAUCAUUCAUAGAGAUCUUAAAGCUAGCAACAUAUUACUGGAUGAGAAUAUGAACCCAAAGAUUUCAGACUUUGGUAUAGCUAAGAUUCUAAGGCAAAAUGCCACAGAAGCAAAAGAAAUGAAGUUUGCUGGAACACGCGGUUACAUGGCCCCCGAGUAUGUCAAGAAAGGAAUUUUUUCCACGAAGUCAGACGUCUACAGUUUUGGAAUACUAGUGUUGGAAAUUGUUAGCGGCCGGAGGAACAAUUAUGUCCACAGUGAAGAUGGUCCCCUGAAUUUGGUCGAACAUGCCUGGGAGCUAUGGAACAGAGAUGCAGUGCUGCAGCUCGUGGAUCCAACGUUAAACAGUAUGUUUGGCAGUGAAGAACAACUGCACAGAUGCAUAAAUGUCGGGUUACUGUGUAUAGAAGAGCUUGCAGUCGAUCGACCAUCAAUGUCUGACGUGAUUUCCAUGUUAACAAACGAGAAUUUGGCUAUGGUGAAGCCAAAGAAACCUGCAUUCGUCUUGAGAUACAGCACGGCCCGUGGGUUUCAAGAAGACGAGUCAAAUAAGUUUACAGUGAAUCAACUCUCCAUUUCAGCCAUAGAGGCAAGAUAGUCACGGGACAACCCUAACUAAGUUCAUCAGGUUGUUGACUUGAUAAUCACAAAGUUACAAGUUUAAACUCCCAACAGGAGCCGCUUACUGGCCUCUUGGUUUGAGCCGGUUUGCUAAGGUCACAAGGCAGAGUUUACUUAGUGCACACCCUCAGGUAGUGGCCGUAGGUUUCACUCGUCAGCCAAUAAGUCUCACAGUUCAUGUAGUGAUUGUAGAAGAACAGCUAACCAGAACAGCAAGGUUCUUAGUAUAGCAAAAUUCAGAUUCAUUAUUUUCCUCAGAACCGAAAUUAUUGUUUACAAUUGCAUCAGAUCAAAGCCUAGUGUCAGAUUUGAUGAUAUGUAGUAGUUCUUACAACAGAA